UUGACAUUUGUCAAUUAUCAGUGACAGUUGUUAUUUUCCGUUUGAUAGGUAUUUGUAAAAGUGCGUGCUUGUGAAAAAUCUUAAAAUAUUUACUACUUUAAAAUCAAUAAUUUAAAACAUGUCUGAAAACGUUAACAUCGAUUUAUCUGGGGAAAUGAAUGCAACUACAGAAAAAAAAGGUUUUCAAAAGUAUGUCAAUGAUAUGGAUUUAAUACUUCAACAAGUUACAAGUGGUGCAGCACCAGCUUUGCUUAUGGGUGUGCUUGCUACCAGACGACCAUGGACACAAUUUGUUGCCACUGAAAAUUUCAAGGCACCAGCAUCUCUACCACGGUUGUCUCGGCGUUUCUAUAGAAAUGUGGAGCACUUCCAAGCUAACUAUAUUAUGGUCUUCCUUGGUCUAUUUCUUUAUUGCCUGAUAACAUCACCAUUGCUUCUCAUUGCCAUGGUAGCAAGCUUUUUUGGAUAUCGGAAGCUGACAUCUGGACCUAAUACAUGGAAGAUUGGCGGCUGGGAGUUGACGAAGACCCAGCAAUAUGCUGUAGCUGCCGGUUGUUCAAUGGCGAUAUGUUGGCUUGCAGGAGCAGGAGCAGUUUUAUUUUGGGUGUUAGGUGCGACAGUAACAGUGGUAGCUCUUCACGCAAGCUUCUUUGACGCCGAAGCGUUGCCGCCAUCCGACGACCCUGAGCAGUUCCCCAUGAUAGAGCAGGUGUGACAGGGACACUUGCCGCUGUUCCUGCCACCUUCGAGCCGGUUGUACCAACCACACCGGCAUAGUGACACAGUGAAUUGAACUCAUGAAACAAUUAUUUAUAAAAGCCUACAAGCAGCAUUUUAAAUAUUGUGUUUAUCUCCCUCAUUCACACAAUGGGCAAUAUAAAAUAGAAAGUGACAAUGAAUGCAAUGAUACAUAUGUGAAAAAAAACACUUUGUAGUCCUUUUUAAACACAUUGCGCGCACGGAGGGUGUGAGAUUUGGCAUGAUUUAAAGUUCUUAUAUAUAGAGAAGUACAUAAUAAUAAUAUUUAAUUUCUGUUUCAGAUAAUAAUAAUUAAUUCGAAGGUUCACUUGUGACCACUAUUGUAUGUAUAUAAUAUGUAUGAUGUGUCUGUAAUUCAAGAGUAUUUUAACCAUUGGGUACUUUAUCGUGUUGUUUUGGGCCGAUCAUUUUAGACUACUAACAAUAAAAACAAAA